AAAAUCUGACAGAUUGUGAAUUGAAUCGAAAAAAAACAUUACGACGGACGGUGGUAGACCUGUAGUGUAAAUACAGAGUCAAACCAAUUAAGUUUCGUUACGAAACUAAGCCUUAUUUCAUUUGGUGUAGAAGGAAGCUGAUGCCAUGAUUCGAGAAGAUGACCCUCAGUUCCGAAUUACUCCAUUUCAACAAAUGGCAUCGGCAUGUUCCGGUGCUCUUAUAACCUCGUUAUUCAUGACACCACUAGAUGUGGUUAAAAUAAGACUGCAAGCCCAACAGAAAGCAAUGCUUUCGAAUAAGUGUUACCUUUAUUGCAAUGGUCUAAUGGAACAUUUAUGUCCUUGUGGAGACUCGGCAUGGAUACCCAGACGUGUGCACUUCCACGGCACGAUGGAUGCGUUUGUUAAAAUAGCUAAGUUGGAGGGAGUUCCAGCGUUAUGGUCCGGUUUAAGUCCCACACUAGUCUUAGCUCUUCCUUGUACAGUUAUUUAUUUUGUAUCAUAUGAUAAUCUGAGAUAUAACUUGAAGACUUAUUACAAUGCUUUUACUAAAGACGUGAGUCAGCCAAUGUGGAUACCAUUGAUAGCCGGUGCAACAGCUCGAAUGACAGCAGUCUCGAUUGUCAGUCCCCUAGAACUAAUAAGAACGAAAAUGCAGUCGAAAAAGUUGACGUAUUCAGAAAUCAGCGUGGCCUUACGCGACGUGGUCAAAUUUGAAGGAUAUAAGGGACUGUUUCGUGGUCUAGGUUCAACUCUAUUGAGAGAUGUACCAUUCUCAGGUAUAUACUGGACGACAUUUGAGUCAACAAAGAAAGCAUUCGACAAACCCGAUUCAGAAAAGAACUCAUUUUUAUUUAACUUUUUCUGUGGAUCAAUUGCUGGCAGUAUCGCAGCAUUGGUAACAUUGCCUUUUGACGUUGUAAAAACACAUCAGCAGAUAGAAUUAGGCGAAAAGGAAAUUUACAUAGAUGGUAAAGUCCAACAGAGAGCCUCGAACAUGAAGGAAAUAGCACGACAAAUAUACAUGAACCAUGGUUUCAGAGGUUUAUUCACGGGAUUAUUACCUAGGAUAUUCAAAGUGGCACCAGCCUGUGCCAUUAUGAUAGCAACAUUCGAAUAUGGCAAACAAUUCUUCCAAACAUACAACACACAAAAAUAUAAGGAGAAAAUGCAAAGGCCUCAAGAAAUUGUAUUGGUGCAACAGACCAGUAAUAGUGAUUACUCAUAAUGUGUAAAGGGAGAACAACAUAGUUUUACUAGUAAUUGAUUAUGUUUAUGUGAUAGAACUGUAAUACAGAUAAAUAAGUAUUUAUGGCUGUUCAUAAUGUUAGUUACCAAAAACAUAAAAUUACAAAAAAACAUCAUAUCAAA